GCCAACGCACGAACGAGCUCAGUCUGCUGCCGAAGCUCUAAUCGAACGGUCGUCGCUGGAACGAAAGAAGGAAGGUUCUGACCCGCAUACAGUAGUGCUGUUCGCGCAUUAUCGCAUUCCCUAUCUGGUCGCGCGGCGCAUCCCAAAAGUGUGUUGAUAAGCCGAGCCGUAGUCCACACGGGUAACUGCCUGCCUUUCUUCCCGUUUUGCGGAGUCCGUCCGUGCUGAAACAGCGGGAGAAUCAUGAUCUUCGGCAAGUCGACGGUGGUGGUGAUAGCCGUGGCAACGGUUCUGCUACUGUCCUGCCUGCUACCGUCGGCCACAGAGGCUGCCGAAUUUGCAAAUUGUGCCAAUGAAACGGCCAUCGGUCAGUACAGCAAGGUGGAGGUGUCGAACUGUGGCGACGACGAUGCGACCUGCGUCCUGAAGCGCAAUUCGAACGCCACCAUUUCCAUCACGUUUACGAGCGGUGAAGAGCUGAGCGAGCUGAAAGCGGUCGUGCACGGGAUCAUCCUCGGGAUGGAGGUACCGUUCCCGCUGCCCAACGCUGACGGGUGCAAGGACAGUGGGCUCGAGUGUCCGCUGGCGAAGGAAACCACCUACCGUUACAGCACCACUUUGCCGGUUCUGAAGCAGUACCCGAAGGUAUCGGUCGAAGUAAAAUGGGAGCUGAUAGCGGCCGGCACGCAGGUAGUGUGUGUGCUGAUCCCCGCCAAGAUACAGUAAGCUGCUUCUCCGGGCUUCAAAAGGAAGGAGUCUUCUGCCGAGUCUUUCUACCCCCGCCGGCUGGCAAUCCUACGGAUGGCCUCAAUUCACCCCAAAAAGAUAAAUACAACUCCAACGAAGGGAGUUCCUCGUGGCGACACGAUACAGCUACCACGAACCGGAGAAACGCUUCCCCCGUUCCGCGGCCGCCGAUUUAAGAAUAAAUAAACCACGAAAACCGGCUCGCGGGUGCAUGUGUGGCGCGCGAUCGCCGUUGCGGAAAUGACAAUUUUUCAAAUUUAAUUCAUCACAUUGAGACUGAUG